AUGGCUCGUCUCCAAAAUGUUCUGACGGCUCUUCUACUGCCCCUCACUGCUCUGGCGGCGGUUAUUCCGCAGCCAGGAAGCUUCUUGGGCGUACCUGUUGCGAAUGCCGAUGCCGCCGACAUCAUCCCCAACCGCUAUAUCGUCGUCUACAACAACACCUUUGACGAUGAUGCCAUCGACUUUAGGCAAGCCGAGAUUGUGGACUUCGUCAAGCGUCGCAACAUUGAAAAGCGUGGUCUCCAUGGUCAGCUCCUCAGCACCGAAGUCCACGCCCUCUCCAUGAGCGGCUGGCGCGCCCUGUCCUUCGAAUCCGAUGACGCCAUGAUCCUGGAAAUCAUGGCCGAGCCCGAGGUCGCCUACGUCGAGGCCGAUACCAAGGUCCACCUGGCCGCCACCGUGGCCCAGCUGAAUGCUCAGCCUGGCCUCGCCCGUCUGUCGAACGCCGAGCCUGGGGCACGGAAGAACUACAUCUUCGACACCACUGCUGGCGAGGACAUCACCAUCUACGUCGUCGACACCGGAGUUCGCAUCGAUCACACCGAGUUCACCGGUCGUGCCAGGUGGGGCACCAACACCGUCGACAGGAUCGACGAGGACGAGAACGGCCACGGUACUCACGUUGCUGGUACGGCCGCCGGUCAGACCUACGGAGUCGCCAAGAGCGCCAACGUUGUUGCUAUCAAGGUGCUUGACGGUGAUGGGUCUGGUUCCAACUCUGGUGUCCUGGACGGUCUGCAGUUUAUCGCCAACGACGUAGCCCGCAGGAACCUCCGCGGAAAGGCUGUGAUGAACAUGUCUCUCGGCGGCCCCCGCUCGAACGCAGUCAACCGUGCCGUCGAGGCCCUCCACGAUGCCGGCGUCGUCUGCGUUGUUGCCGCAGGGAACGAGAACCAGGACGCCGGUAACACGUCCCCCGCCUCGGCCCCCAGUGCCAUCACCGUCGGUGCCAUCGACGCCCUCAACGACCGCAAGGCUCGCUUCUCCAACCACGGCGCCGCCGUUGACGUCUUUGCUGCCGGCGUUAACGUCCUCUCUGCCAGCAUCACCUCGAGGACUGCCAACGAGACGCUCAGCGGCACCUCCAUGGCUUCCCCUCAUGUUGCCGGCCUCGCGGCCUACCUCAUGGCUUUCGAGAACAUCAACAACCCGGAUCAGCUCACCGCCCGCAUCCUUCAACUCGCCCAGGCCAGCCCGGCCCGUGUCCUGAACAACGCCCCGGAUACCACGGGCCUCAUUGCCAACAACGGAAACCUAUAG